AUGCCGUGUAUCUCUGUUUCUCGCAAAAAAGACUCAUGCGUCGAGUAUUGGUCUCCUACGGAGGAUAAAGAGCUUCUGAAGCUGUACGAGAUCCAUGGUCCGAAAUGGAUGGAUAUUGUCAACAAGAUGAAGACAACGCGUAAUCAUAAACAAGUGCGCGAAAGAUAUAUAAAUCAUCUUAGGCCAGGAAUCAACUUUGACCCUCUGACCAAGGUUGAGGGAGAAGCAAUUAUAAACCUGUACAACGAAAUCGGUGGCAAGUGGACCGAAAUUGCUGGGAAGCUGGGACGCACCCAAUUACAAGUACGCAAUUUCUGGUAUAAUAAGCGUCGAGGCGAACGAUCUCGCCGAUUGCAUAGACGAACCGCGAGCAAACUUUCGCGUAUGUCAAUUGACUUUUUGUUGAAUUGA